CGUCACCAAAAUCAUGAAUAUAAACACGGGUACUUCAAAUCUUAGGCAACUUUUUUCCAACCAGUGAGAAGAAAACGACCGAUACCGCGAGCAGACUGACUAUCAACUGAUCACUUCAACUUUAAUACAAGGAAUUUUGUCUUUUACUACUUUGGUCCAUUACAUCUAGAUAUGGCCGACAACUUUAAAGAGAACGCUCGUAACAACUACUCCCGGAAGUACAAGCUUGCCCACCGGGACAACGUCAAGAACCGGCCCAAACCGCCUGCCGUGCUGGAGAACAGUCGCUGUCGGGACUGUCUCGGUGCUUACGACAAGAAGGCUCUGUAUGAGGGCGCAUGUGUGUGUCAUAGUGGCUUUCUAGUCGCUCUAAGAGGAACCUCGUACUCCAGAUGGACAUGCUGUAACGUGGUGUCUGACGCCAGCACGCCCUCAUACCAGGAACACAAGGAUACAGGGUGCAGCACAGGCAGACACUUCUGGCAGCCACACAGGAAGACCGGCGCUGGUCAUCGACGGACACACAAGAGGCGAGCACUAGCUGAGGAGAUAAGAGACGCUCGGUGAACAGCUGAGAACAGUACCAACAUGUGUCGCUAUGGUUCGCUUUGGACAUGUAUUCAGGACUCACGGCAAGGCGCCCAGAAUAGAGAUAAAUUAAAUGUAGUCUCCACCAGACUCCUUUGCAGGCGAAAUGAAUAAUAGAAAUUGGCCUAGAAAGAAUGUACCUGGCCAGGGGAGUUGGCAGGCAUGCAGGCAAAUUAGAGACUCUAUGGCCGGCCAAACUCCUCUGGCCAGUUACACACCAAUCUCUACUAUUUGAAUGCCUGCAAAGGAGUCUGGUGGAGAAUAGAAUUGAGAGCUCUGAAAACAAUAACAGUGGUUUGAUAAUAUAGCCACUAACCUAUAUUUAUAAUGUGUACAGAUCUGGUUUUUACUGCGACCAGAUGCUUGUAUUACUGUAAUAGGAAUUGUAAACAGACUUGAAAGAUUGGAAAACCAUUAGAUGUAUAUCAUAUAUGUAUUUACAUAUGUUAUGAAUAAAAAUGAAACACCCGA